AAACGGAAACUCCAAUUAAGCCCAGAGCAAUGUAGCAACUUUUAUGCAGACCAAUAUGGAAAAGUGUUUUUUCCUAAUUUAACAGCCUAUAUGAGUUCUGGACCUUUAAUUGCCAUGGUUCUUGCCAGACAUUGCGCAGUCUCAUACUGGAAGGAACUGCUUGGACCAUCAAACAGCAUAAAAGCUAGGAGAACUCACCCUUACAGUUUAAGAGCAAUUUAUGGGACUGAUGAUCUGAGGAAUGGAUUUCAUGGCAGUCACAGCAUUUCCUCAGCAGAAAGAGAAAUUAAAUUCAUGUUUCCAGAAGUGAUCAUGGAGCCCAUUCCAGUUGGACAAAGAGCUAGAGAUUACUUGAACCUUUGUGUAAAGCCUACGUUACUAGCUGGGCUCACUGCACUGUGUAAAGAGAAGCCAGCAGAUCCGAUGAUUUGGCUUGCUGACUGGUUGAUUGAACACAAUCCUAAUAAACCUAGGCUGCAACAUCAGAUCACUGCAGAGGAGCAUCAGGGGUGAGAGCUCACUGGAAACAAUCUCAAGCGUUCCAACUUGCAGAUGUAUAUAAUAAUUUUCAGUGUAUCCCUUGGCUAUGUAAUCAAUAUUAUCUGAAGUAAACAUGAUUGUCAAAA